ACUAGUAUGAGGUCGAGGAAUUCUUCGAAACUACCGUGCCGGAUUGGGGUGGCCCUCAUACUGUCCAAGAAUGUGCCUGGCGUGAAUCUCGCUAACGUCUUCGACGCUUAGCAUUGCCUAAGCUCGAUGAGAGACCACGACGGUCUAUGUACUGCAAGAUCCUCUCGGACAGAACGAGAAGCGAUCAUGAUGAGGCAAUGGUUAUAAAAAGGCCAUCAUGCCGACAUUCCUGCGCAAAGUACGUACCGUUUUCGUUAGCCAGGUAAGGAUAGGUAGUAUCAAACCUUCUCCAGCUAACAAUGGCUAUCCGCCUCAUUUACCUGGCGAGUAUUCUCGCAAGCCUUGUCCCCAGAACUUUUGCUCAAUCAUGUCCAGCUUUCACUCCUAGCAUACCUGUUCUAGGACCUCUGGCGGAUAGCGAAGCAAUCACCGCAGCGGCUGCCAAUCUGACAGCGGCCUUUGACCAAUUCCUCACGAGUGGUGUGUUCCCUCUAGACGGGAAUGCUUUCUCUAUCGAGUUCUGGUCAGUCGCCGACAACGGGCCUCUCUUCACAUAUCACUGGACAGCUCCAGACCUACAGAACAACACCGAGGGGGUCACCUCGGUCGACUCAGACACGCUUUACCGCGUCGCCAGUAUCACCAAGGUUUUCACCGUUUACACCUUUCUUGUCAAUGCGGGGAUUCAAGUGUGGAAUGAUCCAAUCACUCAAUAUGUGCCUGAGCUUGCCCAAGCUGCCAACGCCACCGAGAAUGCAAGCGACGUCGAUGUCAUCAGAUGGGAUCAGGUCACCAUUGGUUCAUUGGCAUCACAUCUAGCUGGUGUGUCGAGAGAAGUCUGGGGAGCCUCCCGCAGCGAGGAGCAGAUGGUCGCAUUCGGAUUUCCCCCAACUCCCGCACUCAACGGAUCUUACUACGAGGCGAUUCCUGGACUAUUCUUCCCUGCAGAUCGACAAGCCUUCUUCAACAACAUCCUCGUCCGCCACCCAAUCGUCAGCCCGAAUCACGCGCCAGUGUAUUCGAACCUAGCCUUCCAACUUCUCGCAUAUGCUCUCGAGAACAUCACCUCAUCUCCAUUCGAAGACCUAGUAUCCGAAGCCCUAGCCGAAAUCUCUCUAAACUCUACCACCUACACCGUGCCUGAAAACUUCGACACUGGCAUCAUUCCCAUCGACGCCAACACCUCUUGGUACGGAGUCGACAGCGGACCAUACAAGCCUGGUGGCGCUAUCUACAGCACAAUCAACGAUCUACGUACAUUUGGCAUUUCGAUCCUCAACAGCAGUGUUUUGACAAAAGCACAAACCGAAUGGUGGCUCAAACCCACGACGUUCGUCCCCGACACAUACACCAUCAUCGGCGCACCAUGGGAGAUUGUUCCUUACCCGCCCACAUCCCGCUUUCCCACUAGACUCUACACCAAGAGUGGAGGUGUCGGACUGUAUAGUUCACGAUGGGGACUCGUGCCAGACUAUAACGUCGGAUUCACGAUUUUAGGUGCUGGCGUCGCUAGCAGCGUCGCCGUUGUUGUCAUCAGUGAUCUGGUGACCGAGAUUUUCAUUCCUGCCGUGCAAGCUGCAGCGGCAGAACAAGCCGCCACUCUGAUGGCUGGCACCUACAGCGAUCCAUCGGGGGCUUUACAGGCAACUGUGAUCCUUGACACCAACAAUUCCACCAACGGCUCGGUAUUGACUCUCGACAGCUUGGUGUACAAUGGCACAGACCUUCUCGGCCUCGUAGGUCUUUAUCUCGGUGUCAACACCAGUCAGGUCAUCGUCACCGCCAAUCUAUACCCGACUGGUCUGGUGGCUCAAGGAGCCGGUCCUAAUGGAACUGACCUGGCGAGUUGGCGUGUGAGUUUCGCUUAUGCACUGGUAGACUCGACGUCCGAUCCGGUAUCUCAACUGUUGGCUUCAUUCGCGGGUCCGUUUUCCCAACAGUGUGGCGGAUGGGGGAAUGUAGAUGGACUGACUUAUGGUCCUACGGCGUUGGAUGAGGUUCUGUUCAGUGUUGACCCUGAUACCGGUGAGGCUCUGGGAUUUGAGGUUCGCUUCCUCCAGUCGGGUCUGCUCGGUAAAGCCGUGGAUGCCGAUAAUGCGAAGGCGAGGAGGGCGAAGCGAAGUGAGAUGGUCCUCAUUGAUGAGUCUCUGGUCAUGACGAAGGUUUGUAGGUCUCAUCGCAUGCUUAAAAACGGUAUGGAUUUGGCUACGGAGAUCGAGCUCUCGCUUAAUCUAUGAGACCAUGUCACCCU